AUGUACAAUUCAAUUCCAAGACAAUUAUUCAAUGAAAAACAUUUCGAGAUGCCUAUCUUUUACAAGGAUAACAAACAAAUCAGAAAAUUCCUUUUUACUGAAAAGAUUAGUACCAGAAAUGAGUAUUAUGCUCUUUUAAUUUUCAUAUUCUGUGAUGAGUUGGCUAUUAAUAAAAUUUCACCUAAAGGUAAUCCAGUAGAUUAUUUAACAGACCAUAAGUGA